CAUGCAGCUCAACAGCAGUUGGCCGGGACCGGUUCAGCCAGCCCGUCCGGGUGGCGUUCCCUCCCGAAACCCUGGCUGGGAGUUUCUCAUCUCUCCGCCUCAGCUUCAUGCUGCCUGCUUGCCGGCGUCUGGGCCGCCUUCCCGAAGCCGGAGGGGGAUGGAGACCCUGCGGAGAAGCCUCUCCCGGUGGAAGAAGUACCACAUCAAAGUCCACCUGGCCGACGACGACCUCCUGCUCCCACUGACCGUCCGGCCGACCGACAGCAUGAUGGACCUGCGGGCCCACCUGGUGAGGGAGGGUGUCACCUCCUGGAAAAAGACCUUUUAUUACAACACCCGGCCGCUCGAGGAGCACGAGACGGUGAAGGAGGCCAAGAUCCAGAACGGCUCCGUCGUCCUGCUGAUCAGUGACAAACGGUGAUGCUUGCUUUGGGAGCCUGAGGAAUUGCCUGGUAUGGCGCCAUCAUUCAGAAGGAAGAUAUAUAUUUUUUCUCUCUCUCUCUCUCUGUCUCUCAGGCAAAAAAGGGGGGGGACUUCAGUCCUCCAGUAGCGGCUAGAAAACAUUCAAGGUCUCGAGUGAGGAGGAGGAAAAUGAGAAAGAAGAUAGGCAGGGCAAGAGUGCCUCUACUCUAUGUUCUGUGCCAGCAUGAUCACUGGAACGGAGGCAUCGAUGGAACCAGCAAGUGGCACUUGUGAUAUUUACACUCUGGCUGAGCCUCCGAGGCGCUGCAUGUCCGUGGGUGCCACCCAGGUCAUCUCCGGUUGGUGACCUCGCAGAGUCUUUCUUCCUGCAGUUGCUCCCUCUCACUUUUCAAAGUGUGCCUUUUUGCUGGGAGAGAUACCGCAGACAGGUUGAGGCAUGGCAGCCCUGCCCAGUUGCUGGGUGGAAAAGAGGAGUUUCAAGCGGAGAGGGAUGUGAGAGUGAGAGAGGUGGGGUGGUAGUGGAGGUGGAAGGUUUCAGUCUCCUAUGCGGAGGAAAUGAAGGUUGAAGCAACUUGAGGAAGGGCUUGUGUGUGUGUUUGGUCCUCAUUUUGCUUCAGAAAUGCAAAUUUGAUAGAUCUGGCUUUAAAUGAGUACUGAAUUGAAUUUCUUCCCCCUUCCCUGUUAGUGACUGUGGUGCAAGAAUCCUCACCUCAUUUCUGCCUGGUAAAUAAUCAUUAUUCCUUCUGUUUCUGAUGAUCAGGUGUGUCAUGUUGAUUCUUAUGUAGCUAGCACCACAAACGGGAACUGAUGGGUUUGGGAGAACUCCAAGAUUUGCAAAAGUAAAAAACCUAUGGGGAGAUUGCCCCGCCCCGCAAACAUAGCCAAGUACGGACUUGAGUGUGCUCUGUGGCCAUGGAGUGCUGGCUGUGGGGAGAUGGUGCUGGAGAAGGGGAGUGGGAUGAAGUGGCUUCAAUCCUGAACAGGUAGUACCCAAGGCACUGCCACAUUUUGUUGCAGAUCCCACUUGUGCAACCAUAAUAAUAGCAAACAGCCGUUUGUAUGGCGAUUUUUAAAAAAUGGGUUUGAGCCCGUCUGUUCUCUCAGGAAUUGGUGGAAAAGUUCUGCAAAGUAGGCCAGUUUAUGAUUACUAUUUAUUGUCAUUCCCAAACUGAAAGGUGGGCAUUGAGGACUGAGAAGUGUGGUUUGCCUAAGGUGUGACUGGGAUGAUUUUUGAAUCAGCUGAAGGCAGAUUUUUAUGUAUUUUUAUUUAUUUAUUGCAUUUAUUUAUGAUUUGUGUUUCCAGGGCCUUUAUGCAAUAAAAUGCAGAAUGUAUGUGUCUGA